AUGACGCAUGUGCAGAUGGAGCACUGUGAACAAGUCUCCCCCGAACAGGUCGAGAGUGUUGCCCACCAAUCCGGAAGGCCGCUUACCCAUCUUGCCGCGUCCGAAUGCCCUUUGUGUGACUAUUCCGCUGUGCUCAGAUGUCGAGGCUACACGGACGACGAGGUGGCCCACGUCAGAGCAGAGAAACUUGGCAGACACUUGGGCCGUCAUUUAGAGCAACUCGCAUUAUUUGUCCUUCCACCUACUGAUCUGGCGUAUGUACACGAAGCUGUGUCUGAAGCUGGGUCCCUGGAGCAUCGCGAGAGCAAUCCAGACGAAGCCGAAAACGAACCCACCGUCCAAAUUCUCUCAGAGCCAGACCUCGUCCAUAAGCUCUUUGUUGAGGCAGAUCUGCAGUUGACACCGCCGGGAAUCUUGUCGGAUCUACUUGAUUUGGCCAUGCGAUGGCAACCUCCACAGGACUUUACACCCCCCAAUGAAUACUUUGAUACCGAAGACGCAGAUCUUCUUCCACUACGACAAGAGUCUAUCUUUGGCGGCGAUCUUCAUACAGCAGGCUGGGCGAGGGGAUUCGGCGCCAGGAAAGAAGGCUAUUGCGCUCGUUGCCCCGUUGGACACUGGGUCAAUAUUCCAGAUGGCAGCUACGGCUUCCGCUUGACUUAUUUCCACGGAGUUCCUGACUCAGGAGUUCCAUUGCCGCGACCAUCGACUAUUCAGCCAGUCCAAGGACUGUUUGGCGUGUGGGAAGGCUUUUGCGAGGCUUGCGGAAAAAUGGAAGGUCUUGAAAAAGACAAAGCGAGGAUGGAACUGGUAUCGGCAUUGGCUGCAGGUAAGGAUCCCGUUCUCUACACCCACAACAUAAAUACUCACCAGCACCGGCAGGAGCAUGCAGACAUUGUGCGGAGCAGGACAGAAGCAGUUCGAGGGGGCACUGCACCUCAAAAUGUGCAUAUUCAUACCAGCAGAGUAUCCGUGUCGAAUGAGCCGUCUCUCGCAAAUGAUCUUGAAGAGCUGGACAGAAUGCUAGGAUCAAAGCCUGAACUAAUAAGCAAUGACGCCUUCAUCGAUCGUCAGCUUGCAAAUUUUGCGAAAGAGGACAUGCCUAGGGCAAUGGAGACGCUUCUAUUGCGCCUGAAAGCCACUCAAUCCGUCAAUGAAAUGAGCAUUUUGGCGAAUUCAAGAAGCGCCGAUGGCGAAAGCUUGCUCAUGAUCUCAGCUGCGCAAAGUCAAGAUCGCGUCGUCAAGCUUCUCCUUGAUCUUGGGGCAGACCCUAACGCUACAGGGCCUGGGGACCAGACUGCGUUGGACCUCGCCACUGGCAGGGGUAAUUUCUUGAUGGCCCGGCAGCUCGUGAAUGGGGGAGCGGACACUUCCAGAUCAUAUGUUUUCCAGAAAAUCUUCUCCAGCGACCGAGAAUACGCUGGUGAGAUGACAAGGGUUCUCAAAGAAGUCGCUCCACUGUCCCAGGUUAAUCCGUCAGCCCUCAGUGCUUUCAGCAGAGCCGCAUUCGAAGGAGACUUCGCCUCAGUCAGGACCUUCCUGGGCAGCGAGGGUGGUGGGCCUUCCUCAUGUGAUACAGAGGAAGGUAGCGAAUUGGAGGUCCUAGAUGAGGAUGCAGUGCUCACCGAAGAAAGUGAGACUCGACCUCAGCAGCAGCGAAUUGGGAGAGCAUACAAAGUGGGUUGGACGCCGUUGAUGGUGGCGUGUCAGAUGGGACAUCUGGAGGUUGUCACCAUGCUGAUGAAUGCAGGGGCGAACCCGGCCCCCAAAAGCCCUUUGUUUAAGACGGCUCUGGAAAUUGCGAAAGAGAAUGGCAGAGUAGAUGUUGUAGAAUACCUUGGUAGAAGAUUGAAGGCCAGAUAG